AUGGCCGCCUUCGUAGCAAGAGCAAAUACCUCAGUAAAGCCGAAGGAAACUCAAGCCUUUCAAGCGCCAUUGAGUUUCCAGACCAAUGAUGCCAAAGUAGGCUGUCAUCUCGGACGUGAUUCGAAUGACUGUGCGGCUUCUUCAUCCAUGGGAGCUAUAAAGUCUCAGGCCACCAAGAACAAUCUCAAGACCCAUCCUCAAGCUCAACUGUCUAGUAAUCGCAAACCUUCUUCUAAGUUAAAGGUGCGAUAUCGACUGCAGAUGGUCAUCACGUUGGGCCAUCCUGAUAUACACUCACAGAUGUCUGCAAACUCCAUUGACGACACAGUUCUUGCACAAAUUGUACCAAACGUCAUGAAUGAGAAUGUUGGCCCCCCCAAAGAAUGGCCGGCGGAUACAGAUAUUGUCUUUCAUCCUUCGGUAAAAGUCGCCUCUGUCAGCUUACAGACACCUACCAUUCAUAGGCUUAUCACCGAAGCAACGACUCAUCAGAUACCCAUCGUAUUAUGCUGGGACUACACAUUUCCGGCUGCUGGAAGUGUCCAAUACCAAGUGAUGCGACAGGUCUUUGUCAAAGCUGCGAACGAGCUGAAGCUCGAUGCCAUCAAGAAGCGACUGGAAUUGGACAGUGAAUAUGCCAAUUUUUUGGCACAAAGUGGGCGCAUUAGCAACUUUAGAGGGGCUUUGAAGGAAAAGGCCACCCUUAUAAUGCCCCAUUCUUAUAGGAUCAAGAACUUGAAGCACACUGAGCAAGUUGCUCUGGUAAACAGUCUCCUCACCAAAGACAACUACAUUUAUGCCUAUGAGAGAGGAAGAUUCAUUGAGGAGAAGCCAUAUUGUAAUGAUGGCAUCACCGACAUCAUACAUGAGGCAUUUUUUGGUACGAAGCCUAUAACGCGAUUCCGUCUUGUGCUGUUUUCCUCGAGCAUCACCGAGGGGCCAGGAUCGGAGGAGAAAGAAUUGCCGGCGUCAAUGGUCGCUCUGGCGACAACAACGGCUUUUGCUAGCUUACAGGAGCUUCAAAAUAGCUUCUACAACCAGAUACAUUUUGACUCAGGAACAUAUGCGGGAUACUAUCUGGAUCACUUGGCAACGUUGAAUGAGAUUAAGCGCCAGAAUCCCAAUCUCUAUCACAAGCUAAUGGCUUAUCUUUUUCGAGUCACUAGCCAAAGUCUGCCCGAUGAGCCCAUGGAUCCCACCGGCACACUGACUGAGAUGGCAAACCCUCAUGUAAAGGCAACAAUCAUUAGGAUGGGGGACCAACUAGGUGCCUGGGCGGAUCCAGUGGCCUGA